AUGGACCGACUGAAGUCGAAGCGGACGUCGCGGCGAGCACAGAACACGAGGAUUAUAAACGAGGCAAGUGCUCUUCUCGCUAACGACUCUGCAUCUUAUGACCAGCUCAAUUCCAUAUAUGAGAGGCUGAAGGCUAACAACGACGAGCUUCAGAACUUGAACAACCAGAUCGAGCAGCACAUUCCCGACGAAGAGUUCGAGGCCGAGUAUAACGCCGUCCUGGAAUAUGAAGAUAAUGCGACGCGAACUCUCGCAGAGAUUCUCAGUAAAAAAGAUCGCAUGCUACAGUCGUCGACACUAACCGAAGGAACGGUCGCCCAAACGGUCGCAGCAUCAUUAGACGGAACUGGAGUCAGAUUGCCUAAACUGACAAUAGCUCCUUUCUCUGGAGACCUAUGCAAGUGGACGGAAUUUUGGGAACAGUUCGACCACAUUGUUCACAGUAACGUCCGAAUCACUGCAACAGAGAAGUUCCAUUACCUACGACUGUAUCUGACAGGAGAUGCUGCAUCAGUGAUUGCGGGACUUCCGACGACUGCGAGUUGCUACAACGACGCCAUCACCAUGCUACAGAAGCGCUUUGGUGACAAGACGCGCCUGGAACAAGAGUACUUUGCUAAACUACGGAUGUUGACCCCUGUUCGUUCAACAAAUGACACGAAAGCCCUACGCAACUUGUACGACUACGUUCUCGUCAAUAUCCGCGGACUCGAGACUCUGGGUGUGCACAAGUCAUCCUUCUCAUCUAUGCUCUGCGACAUCCUAUUGCGUGCUCUUCCACGGGACAUAGUCGUUCAGUAUCAUCGGUCGUGUGCCGUCCAGGUGGCAUGUGACUCGAGAAGUGAUGCUACACCCGUGGGACUGGAUGGUCUGCUCAACUUCCUGGGCAUUGAGCUGGAAAGCUUAGAGAAGAGCGAUUUCAAUGACGCUGGAAGACGAGAAUUCGGAACAACGCCCGCGGCAAGUCAGUUGACGUAUUCUCGCCGUGGGAAACCUACGUCAUCUGUUCUUCACAGCAACGCGUCAAGGGAACCAAAAAAGGACAACUGCGUCUUCUGCUCGUCCAGUCAACACAAAUCUGAACUGUGCACAGCUGAGUUACCACUGACGCAGAAAAAAGAACUACUGUCCAAUGACAAGAGGUGUUUCCGCUGCACCACCAAAGGACAUCGGGCACGGGACUGCAAAAGGAAGAUCUCCUGCUCGAGAUGCCAAGCGCGACACGCUACAAGCAUGUGUGAUCCCGACGGGUGUUCGCGGAAGACAGACUAUGUCAACAAGAACGACGGAAAAACUACGACAGUCUGCGCAUCACUUGGAAAACGACCACCAAAUGAAGGUUCCAUCGCUUGCGUCUUUCUCCAGACUUUCCGAGCAUGGGCCAUAAAUGAUGACACGUGUCGCUACAUACGAGGAGUAUUUGAUGGCGGCAGUCAGAGGACCUUCAUAACUGAAGCCUUGUCCAAGCACCUUCGGCUGAAAAGUGUGGGAACUACUCGGAUAGCACUCAAUACUUUCGCGAGUGCAUCAGACCAAGAGGCUAAGAGGCGUCGGAUCGUCGAACUGCGACUGCGGAGUCAAUUUUCCGACCAGGAGAUAGUCAUAGCAGCAAUAGAGAUCCCACACAUCUGUCAGGACAUCGAAGAGACAACAAUGGACGCAGCCUUCGUCGCUUCUUUCAAGAAGCUUGGAAAGGAUGUCGCCGAUGAGCUGAUACACCCAUCUGUCAUAACGAACAAUGGUAUCAGCGUACUGAUCGGUUCCGAUCAGAUGUGGAAAAUAUUGACCGGCGAAGUUUCAAGAUGCGAAGGCAACGAAUCCUUGAUUGCACUGAACUCCAAGUUUGGAUGGACCUUCCAGGGGAGCACAUCGCACUUGAUGUCUCAAACAACAGCUACACGAAUGAUGGUGUGCGUGCUCAAAGUUCAAGCUACCGAUUCCGACGAGUUUCUGCGUUCCUUUUGGGAACUUGAGAACAUAGGAAUUACAGACACGAUAGGCAAGCUUCCUGAAACGAGCAAGACCAUGAUACAAUUUGAGAAAACCAUCAGCUUUCGCAACGGAAGAUAUGAAGUGGCCCUCCCUUGGAAGGAUGGAUUCGAGCUUGCAAGCAACAGAUCAACCAAAGCAGUGAAACAAGGGGACGUCGUGCUCGUGCAUGCUGACAACGCGUCACGCCAGCUAUGGAAGCUUGCAAGGGUCAUGGAAGUGUACCAUAGUGCCGACGGCCUCAUUCGUUCCUGCAAGAUCAAGUUGCAAGGAGGUCUUCUUGUGAUCAGGCCGGUACAAAGACUCUACCCGCUUGAAUUGCCUACCUAA